AUGGGACAAAGUUACCAAAUUGACAAUGUUCCAUUGAAAGAGAUGUCCCGGCGCAACGGACGGUCAUGGGCUGGGAGUCGGGCCAGCAGUUUCCCAGGAUCGGAAGGAACCGAAGCACCUUCGUUAAACUUUGAUGAAAUUCUCAACGAUUUGGAUGAUGUUAACCGAGACACUGCUGAAAGAUUAAGACGACAUCUCCAGUUUUUCUUUAUGAAUCCUCUUGAAAAAUGGAAGGUUCGACGUCAAUUCCCAUACAAGAUGGUAUUGCAAGUCUUGAAGAUCAUAUUUGUAACUGUCCAACUCAUUUUGUUUGCGGAAAUGAGAAUGUCUCAUGUUGAUUUCAUGGAGGACACUAAUACAGUAAUGCGUCAUAGAUUUUUAAAAAAUUGGGAUGAUGAUCGAGACGCUCUCCAGUAUCCUCCAGCUGAGGGACGAUAUUCGGUCUAUGAUGGAAAUGGGAUAUUUGAGCACCUGCAGUACAUCAUUACAUCUUAUUACUCAUUGCAAACGGAUUCGUUUGCCUCCUUCAGUUAUGAUAUGGAAAGACGUCCUCACGACCCAUUCUUAGCGUCCAACAAUGCUUCUUUAACCGCUGGAAUGAACUUUAAACUAAUUCCACCAAUUAAUGCUUGUGUCGAUAGGAUUACAAACGUGACAGUAAACAACAAUACGUAUGAUUUUGACGUGAGAGAUAUGACGUUUUGUAUGCGGUUGAACUUCACUGAAGCUGAGGUGAAAAGUAUUGAAGAUAAUCCAGCCAAUGUAAUGGUAGCUUUGAAAGCCAAAGGAUUAACAUUCACUGCCGAAGACGCUCUGAUAAUAUCCAAAGUAGUCUUCAACUUCAAAUUGCGGACGAUUCACUUCAGUCCCCAACACGGUGAUCAACGACCAGAAUGUUACAAAAUUGACAUUUCUAUAACAUUCGACAAUUCCCGUCACACGGGACAAGUGCAUGUUACUCUUGCUACAGUUAUUUCUUAUGUGAAUGUUUGUAAUGGACGAAUCAUCAAAGGCAUGGGCUGGGGAACGGAUACUUUGAUAAUGGGUAUCAUUGAUGUACUGGUUCUGCUUUUCUGCAUCUUAUCUCUUGUAUUAUGCGUGAGAGCCUUAAUAAAGGCUCAUUUACUUAAAAUUAAAGCUAUCGAUUUCUUUGAAAACUAUGUUCAAAGAAAGCUACCGAUUACGGAUCAGUUAGAUUUUUUGAAUCUCUGGUACGUGAUGAUUGUAAUAAAUGACGCUCUCAUCAUCAUUGGAACCGUUAGUAAGAUAACAAUCGAGUUCAAAGAUUUCGAUAAUUCUCUAUUCACACUAACGGGAAUAUUUCUGGGAAUGGGAGCUCUGCUUGUAUAUGUUGGUGUUUUAAGAUACUUCGGAUUCUUCAGUCAGUAUAAUAUCCUCAUACUUACCAUGAAGAAAUCAUUACCUAACAUGUUACGUUUCAUGACUUGUGCUAUCGUUCUCUAUAUUGGAUUUUUGAUAGCCGGAUGGGUAAUCAUAGGGCCCUACAGCAUGAAGUUCCGUACUCUCGGGGAGUCAUCAGAAGCGCUAUUCUCUUUACUCAACGGUGAUGAUAUGUUCGCUACGUUCUACACGAUUAACGACUCGAACACGGUUAUAAAGAUUUUUGGAACAGUUUAUAUUUACUGCUUCGUGUCUCUGUUUAUUUAUGUUGUUCUUUCACUUUUCAUAGCAAUCAUCAUGGAUGCUUAUGAAGUUGUUAAAGAAAGAUAUACUGAAAAUUUCGCGAUUGAACGAUCUAUUCUAAAAGAAUUCGUAGAUUCAGCUCCUCCUGUUGAAUUGAGUUCGCCUACAGUUCAGGCUUCUUUUGCACCUGACAAUCUACUCAACCUUGGUUCGAGUCGUUUACAAACCCCAUAA